GGUCCGAUAGCACAUACGCAAACAGUUCGGUCUCGUGCAGGAUCUGGGCGGGAGCUUUCCAGACCUCCGGCGCUUCCGCUUACAAGCUGAGACCACUUAGUCGGCUCCUCUGGAGUGUUUCAAGCGGGAAUUUCUUGAGGACUGGGAACAGCGUCAGAUAAAAUAUGCCCGUUGCUACGGAUCUGGUUGUCUUUGCCGUUUUCUUUGUACUGGCGCUGUCUGUGGUGCUGAAAGUGGACGGAGCGUCUUACAGAGAGCGACCUAAAUCAGCUGAUGUCCUGAAAGGAGACACAGUAACGCUCCACUGUGCCAUUGACGGACUUCCCCCAUCAGAGAUGGUGCAGUGGUACGGCCCGCCGGAUAUGCGUCAUAUCUCCAGUGGUAACGUCAUCGCCAAACGCUUCAAGGGAAGAUACCGAAUCCUUGGAGACACCACAAGAGGGGAACACAACUUACAGAUUCUACGCGCGGCUAACUCAGACGAGGGAGACUAUAGGUGCAGCACACUGUCACUGGACGAGACUGCUGAGGCUACCCUCGCAGUAGUAGUUCCACUGUCGGGCCCACCCGACAUUAUUGGUGACACGGCCCCUCGUAAGGCAGGCCAGGGGCUGAUGCUGACGUGCACGUCGGUAGGGGGCAGGCCCCCUCCCCGCCUGACAUGGUACAACGGCACCAGGCCAUACAAGCUCCCGGACGACGCCUUCAAAGAGGGGAUCAACAAGGGUGAAGUGAUGCUGAACUUGGUGAUCCCGUACCUCACGAAAUGGGAUAAUGGCGCGAACCUGUCUUGCAAGGCAAACCAGGGUUUCCCCUCCCUGGUGAAGGCCAGGACAGCCGUCAAGGUCCUUAACGUCAGAUAUCCACCGACUGUAACGGUGACGCCGAAGUCGUCACGUGUGAUGGAGGGAGAGUCGCUGAACGUCACAUGUCACGUGGACAGCAACCCCCCUGCUGACGUCGACUGGAGAAAGGUCGGCCACGCGCUACCCUUCAGGGUAGACAACAGAGGUCAGGUGCUUCACUUAGACAGAGUCUCCAGCUCGGACGCAGGGAUCUACCAAUGCAUCGCGGAAAACGGGAUCCCGCCAGUCGGCUACGGCACGUUCACGCUGGAGGUUCUGUUUACUCCAAGAAUCCGGCAGACGUUUGACACCAAAGUGAGCGUGCUGUACGGACAGGACGGGUUCUCCUUGGAGUGUGUGGCGGAGGGAAAUCCCAGGCCGCAGGUGAGGUGGCGGCGGCAGAACACAGAGCUGUACAUGGGCAACCCGCUGGUGCUGUCCCCGGUCAACUACGAUGUGGAGGGGAAGUACGCAUGCGUGGCCAGCAGUCCCGGAUUUGCGAGUGUGGAUAAGGAGACCUUUAUCGAUGUGGUUGGCAGGCCAGAGGUCCGGGACAGCUCCCUGUCCACUCUCACCAUCGUGGAGGGCGGAGACGCCACGCUCAUCUGUGAGGUGGCGUCCGAUCCUGUUCCUGACGGCAUCACGUGGUUCUGGAGGGACUCCAACGGAAAAGAGACCAUAUACACUGCGGGAAUUACAGAACACGUCGCGGUUAGGGAAGAGAGAACGAGCAAAGGUGUGAAGAGUCUCCUGACCGUCAGCACGGCGGCGCUGGACCAGGCGGGGAACUACAUGUGUCGAGCGUCCAACAUGUUCGGGUCCGACCAGAAGGACUUCAGGCUGGAAGUGCAAGAUUCGCACCUGACGCUGAUCAUCGUGAUCGCCGUGACGACGGUGGUGUCUCUCCUGGCCGUGAUUGUCGGAGUUUGUAUCGUUAAGAAGAAAGGCUGGAUCUCUGACGACAGAGACUCAGAAACAUCCAGCGUGUCGGUGUCGAGACCUGUCCCGCCAGUCCCGGGCCCGGACAUGGUGGACAGGGAAGAACGGGACGGCAAACCCGAGGGUUUGUACGAGUAUGACGUCAACAACGGCACACUGAAACCACGCCCUCCGCCAAGGUUGGACAAGGACCCGUAUUCGAUAGGACUGUCUUAUCCGCGCCUGGUAAACGUGCUUCCUUCCUACGCUACCGUGGAGCGAGACCAGCCCAAGAGCCCGGACCCUGACCUGCAGCCCCGCCCGUCCGGUGAUGGCGAGUGCGCCCCCACGAUCACUGUAAGGAAACAAAUGUCUUGAGCUACCCCCGAGACACAGCGGUCUGUUCGAAUGUAAAGCUGCAGAUAACCCCAGUCAGCGGCCACCUGGCUACAACGAGAUUCACGCUUUCUAGAAACAACUUGGAAAAUCCCUAUCCUGUUAAGCAACCUGCACUGGAAGGAGUGGUCUAUGUUAGAAUCUUCAUCUUGGGAAGAAUCAAUCAUGGAGUACAUAGGGAUACCGAGAACAGCUUGGGUCACCGUAAUAAAGUCUCCCCAACGGAGGCAUUUCCAUCCAGUUCAGCCUACAUUUACACGACGCGCGGAUGACAUGCGACGUCUCUUCCCCAACGACCCCUUUUUGCCCGUUCGGCAAACUUACGUUACCUCAGAAGUAACUUUCCAAGACAUCCUCACAAAACGAAUACGUCUCAGAUUGACUGAAGUGGAGACGCCACAGAUUGUGGGUUUAUCGGGUCAUUGCCAUACCUCCUCAUCGUGGUAGUUAGGAAAUAUGUACAGUAGAUACCUAAGAGUUUAUCAAGACGGGAUUUGUUUCGUGUCAAAUAAGAUAAAGACUUGCAUCCCGUGAUAGCUUUUUUAUUCUCUAUAUCUGCUCAAAACAUUGAGCGACAUUUUCAGUGCAACUCGAGGCGACAAGAUCUCGUAGACUGUUAUAAACUGUAUGUUAUAAAGAAUACACACAAUAGACAUGAUUACAAGAUCAUAAUGUGUUUAUAUGUGAUCAUUAUCUCACCAACAUGACAAAAAGAUAUGUCAAGUCAGUAUGUAGUAACACAUGUAGCUAGCCAUAGUUUAGGCAUGGACCGAGCGAGGGACAUGCGACAUAGGAUAGCAGGUUACUUUAAUUACGUUGCCAAGAUGCGUAGACACGUUGAAGAAUUGAGUAAACAUACAUUCUGUGAAAAUGACUAUUAGACAUUGUAAUUAUAACUUUCAGUGUAUGUACAGUGGUAAAGAUUUUGAAAUAAGAUUAUACUUUUACUGGUGUAA